GCCUUCCAUGCAAAUGAACAUGUAAGCCAACUUGCCAACUUAAUCAUGAUGAUCUACGUUCCACUUCUCUUCUUCUCUUGUUUCCUAUUUCAUCAUUUUCAUGCCAUCCUAUGUGACAGUAACACAGACAGAGAAGCCCUUCUUUCUUUCAAAUCUCAAGUCACAGACCCUAAAAAUGCUCUCUCUGCCUGGUCCACAAACUCUAAUCACUGCAACUGGUACGGUGUCAGAUGCUCCAAAGUUGGAAACAGGGUCCAAUCUCUGAAUCUACCAGGACUUUCCCUCUCUGGCAAACUGCCCCCUCACCUUUCCAACCUCACUUACCUACAUUCACUUGACCUUUCCAACAACAAUUUUCAUGGCCAAAUUCCCACACACUUUGCCCAUCUCUCACUUCUCAAUGUCAUUCAAUUAUCUUCCAACAAUCUCAGUGGUACAAUUCCAUCACAACUGGGUUAUCUCCACCGUCUACAAAUUUUAGAUUUUUCUGUCAAUAAUCUCACAGGUCAGAUUCCUCCAUCAUUUGCCAAUCUCUCUUCUCUUAAGAAUCUUUCAUUGGCAAGGAACCGUUUGGAGGGGGACAUUCCAACUGAACUUGGUAAUCUCCGCAAUCUUUCCUUUCUUCAAAUCUCAGAGAACAAUUUCUCUGCCAACUUUCCCACUUCUAUCUUCAACAUCUCUUCCUUAGUCUUUUUAUCCGUCACAAAGAACAAUCUUACGGGUGAGUUACCACAAAAUUUUGGCCUUUUUCUUCCAAAUUUAAAGUAUCUACACCUGGCAACUAAUAUGUUUGAAGGGGUAAUUCCGAAUUCCAUAUCCAAUGCCUCACAACUUCAAGAGAUUGACCUUGCCAACAAUAAAUUUACUGGACCCAUACCUCUAUUCUACAACUUAAAAAACCUUACCCGCCUCGUUCUUGGUCAUAAUUAUCUCUCUUCCACAACCUUGUUAAAUGUUCAGUUCUUUGAUAGCCUUAGAAACUCCACCAAGUUGCAGGAACUCCGGAUCCAUGAAAACCAUUUGGCUGGGGAGCUCCCAAGCUCUGUUGCUAAUCUUUCCCGGAAUCUCGAACAUUUCUGUGUUGCUAAUAAUUUUCUUACUGGUACCAUUCCUCAAGGAAUGAAGAAAUUCAAAAAUCUCAUAUCCUUGUCCUUUGAAAUCAAUUCUUUCACUGGAGAGUUACCAUCAGAAAUAGGAGCACUCAAUAAUCUACAGCAACUUCUUAUAUACAGCAACAGAUUGUCUGGGGACAUUCCAGACAUUUUUGGCAAUCUCACAAAUCUCUUUAUCCUUGCAAUGGGAAAUAACCAAUUCUCGGGUACAAUUCACCAAAGUAUUGGACAAUGCAAGAGAUUAACUUUUCUUGACUUGCGACUGAAUAGACUUGGUGGGACCGUACCAAACGAGAUUUUUCAGCUUUCUAGCUUAAGAAUGUUGAAUUUAGCAGGAAACUCUCUGCAGGGUCCGUUACCUCCUAUGGUGGGAACCAUGAAACAGCUUGAGACCAUGCAUAUUUCUGACAACCAGUUGUCAGGGAACAUUCCUGAGCAAAUAGAGAACUGUUUGAGCUUGAAGUGGGUAACGAUGGCAAGAAACAGAUUCAAUGGUUCGAUCCCAACAAAAAUUGGGAAUUUAGCAUCCCUUGAGACUUUGGAUUUAUCAUUAAACAGUCUCACUGGUCCUAUUCCUCAAAGUUUAGAAAAGCUCGAGUAUAUGCAGAAAUUAAAUUUGUCUUUCAACCAUUUGGAAGGGGAGGUUCCUACGAAAGGUCUUUUUACGAACCUUACCAAGUUUGAUCUUCGAGGUAACAACCAACUCUGUAGCCUUAGCAAGGAAAUUGUACAAAAUUUGGGAGUACUCCCGUGUGUUGUUGGCAAGAAGAAAAGAAAAUUCUUACUCCCUACCAUGCUUGCAGUAGUUGGUGCUACUGCUUUGUUCAUUUCAGUGCUCUUUCUGUUUUGGACAAUGAAGAAGAAAAGAAAGGAGAGGAAAACCCUUGUGUCAUCUGACCCUUUCAUGGGGUUGUCUAAAAAUAUAACUUACGGUGAUAUUCGGAUAGCUACAAACAAUUUUGCAGCUGAAAACUUAAUUGGAAAAGGAGGUUUUGGCUCUGUGUACAAGGGUGUUUUCAGCUUCAGCACUGGUGAAACCGUGACCCUUGCUGUCAAAGUCCUGGACCUGCAACAAAGCAAAGCGUCUAAGAGUUUCAACGCGGAAUGUGAAGCUUUGAAAAAUGUUAGGCAUCGGAACCUGGUGAAGGUCAUCACCUCUUGCUCCAGCCUUGAUUAUAAAGGCGAGGAAUUUAAGGCCAUUGUCAUGCAAUUCAUGCCCAAUGGAAACUUGGACUUCAAAAUACACCCAGGAGACGAAGAGUCAGGCUCCCUUCUAACCUUGAUGCAAAGAUUGAACAUUGCAAUCGAUGUUGCUUCUGCUCUGGAGUACUUGCACCAUGACUGCGAUCCACCAAUAGCACAUUGUGAUCUGAAACCUGCCAAUGUCCUUCUAGAUGAAAAUAUGACUGCACAUGUUGUAGAUUUUGGAUUGGCAAGGUUUUUGUGUCAAAACACAUCAGAGAAGCAGAGUAGCACUCUAGGACUGAAAGGAUCAAUUGGCUACAUAGCCCCAGAAUAUGGUUUUGGAAGCAAGGCUUCAACUGAGGGCGAUGUUUACAGUUUUGGGAUCCUACUGCUAGAGAUGUUCACAGCCAAAAGACCAAGCGAUAAAAUGUUCAAAGAAGGGUUAAGCCUCAACAAAUUUGUCUCAAGCAUGGAUGAGAAUGAAGUAGUGAAGGUUGCAGAUCGAAGGCUCAUUGAGGAUUAUGAAUGUUCAACACAAAGCUCAAACAGUGAUGAUGGUAGCAGUGGCUUUGACAGCAACACACAUUGGAUGCAUAAAGCUGAAGACUGCAUCGCUGAUGUGUUGAGAGUUGGUCUGAGUUGCGCAGCUGAUCAACCCAAAGAACGAUGGAAUAUGAGAGAGGCCUUAUCAAAAUUGCAUGCUAUUAACCACUCUAUGCUGCCUUUCUGAACUAGGCCUCAAGCCCAGAUGCAAUCGAUGUGGCCCAAAAAACAUCAUUUAUCAGAAUUAGAUUUAAAUAAUUAUUCAAUAAAUUGCACUAGUCUCUCGUCGUCAUACAGUGUUUAAAUUGUACUGUUUUUUAUUUCAAAAUUAUACUCCCCUCUCUUAAGAAAUUAAUAUAUGUUAAAAGUGCUUGUUAUAUGAGUAAAUAAAAGUUACAGUGUGC